AGGUAACAUUAUCUACAAUAUACGUCAAUUUUAAAGAGUUUUAUAUUGACCACGCGCACAUAGAAGUAGCCUGGGCCGAGAGUCAACAAUACAGAGUGAUAAAGAGAUGUCAGCAAAUGGCAGAAAACGAUAACACAAAAAUCUAGCUUGUACUAUUAAUUCGUACGAAUAACUAUGGCAUCUACAGAUACUCUAAUACUGGGCAGUAUCAACUAUUAUUGUCGAGCAAGAUUUUACACGCACCUACAAAACGUGUGUUUGCAAGGUUUGCAGAAGCACGGAGGUGAUCCGGUUUUGACAUUUUGGAAAGCAUUUGGAAUACUGAUGGAAGAUCGUGUGUCAGAAGCCAUUAGAGAAUUUGAAUCCAUCCAAGAAAGUGAAGAAGUUGUCCUGUGUUGUUUGAUGGCAUUAAUCUAUGCACAUAAAAAGGCACAAUUAAUUGACAAGGAAAGUGUACAUGAAUUGGAAACAAGAUUGAAAAAGAUUCGAACAAGUGUUGGUGAGAAUGCGCUAUACUUUGCUGCAAUGUUUUUGUGGCACACAGGGCAUCAUGAAAAAGCAAGAGAAUAUGUUGACAGAAUGUUGAAAAUGUCCAAUGGUUCAAAAGAGGUUUUCUAAACACUGGAAUUUUUUAAUAAAUGGAGUCAAUAAUUCAAACAAGACCUGGUAUGAUUGUGCAAGGACAAACAAUGCAAUUGCAAGUGAAGGCAUCCACCAGCCCUGUUGCAUAUGAGAAACUUAAGAAUAUUCUUCUCAAAGAUGAAGAUAUCGUUCAUGCCUUUCGGAAACAGGAGAAAAAAGUCAAUGCUGCAUCUGCAUAAGUGAUCGAGUUCUGAAGGAGCAACGAAAAACUCUUUGAGGUUCAUAAAUUUGUUCGAACUUGGAAUAAUACCGUGUAAAAUUCAUGGCGUGGAAGGCCGACGGAAGUUAUUGAGAAACAACUUAGAUUAAUACCUGGAUGGUAGAAUUAGAACAGUUCACGAAGUCAUUCUGCACAACUAAUGGUUUAUUAAUGGUUGAUUGCCGAAAUAUCAGAGAUAGCAUCGUUCCGAAACUUGGUUCCAUUUUUCGACAACUUUCCAAGAUGGUUGCAAAGGAUCUUAUGAGGAUGUCGAAGAAGUUCAUUGACGAGGCUCAACAGCUUGUUAAGCAACUGUCCGAUAGGCGUACCGAUUUAGAGAAUUUUGCCAAUUUCAUCAAAGUUCAUGGUAAAAUAAAAAAGAAAGUGUCAUUUCUACAAGUUGAGGUCGAAUAUAUGAAAAGCAUUUUUGAGAUGAUUCGUGCUAGCCAGCGACCUUUGUCUGAAAAAGAGAAAGAAAUUGAAGAUGCUACUUGCUUAUCUUGGGAACAAUUACUUUUUUGUCUUGAAGAAGCUUCCAACUUCUUGGUCUAUAAAAUUCCUGAAAUAAUUCGUGACCUUGAUGAUAAGAUUAUGUCUGUUGAGCAUCAAGCUCGUGUUGUUGGUAAAAGGGCAACAAGCGGAGAGUUCUUGAUUUCUGAGAACAAUUUCUCGUUGAUGAUGUCAAGUUUAAUGAAGCUUCGGAGAACAUUUAGAGGUUAUAUGAAUGAUUUGGACGAACUCGUGGAAUACAGAGAAGUGAUUUCAGGCAAUAAGUUUUGUAAAGAUGAACUUCUACAAAUAUUGAAGAACGUUGACGUACGUUAUGAGUUGUGGAAGUAUUAUGAAGUGUGCGGCGAGAAAAUCGAACAUUAGCUUCAAACACCAUUUUUUAAGACAAACAUUAAGAAAGUACUUGAAAAGAUGAGCGAAUGGCAGUUGGCUGCUGAAAAUCUAAAAUCUCUCUUGCCUGACCAUGAUGAUAUUUUCAAACUUUACAAUUCUAUAGUAUAUUAUAUCCUCCAUAAUAUCUGAAAGAUUUGGAGGUGGCACAAACUUAGAAUUAAGAAAGAAUUUACUUUAAAUUAUGUGACACCAUGCUUCACUUAAUAAUUAUAUAUAAAUAUAUUAGCAGAAAGCGCAAAAGUUUAGAAAAUUAGUCAUAA